AAAAUCGUCUGCAACAGUUUCGGUUCUUGUUUCACGAUUCAUUCAAUUGUUGAACGUGAAACGCGUGUACCGUUUCGGCUUCGUUUUGGAACAUUAAGAAAUAGUUUGUGUAGCUCGUGCAUCUUUGGACGGGUAUGGAUGAAAUAAAAAAGGCACUAACCGAGGCAGAUCCCUUUGCUAGUUGGUGGCCAUUUAUUCUGGCCGGAAUCGUGUUCGUGAUUGGCACGGUCAGAACGUACAUGGGUGGUCAACCCUGCCCGAACGGGAACACUAUCCCGGAUCGGGUAAUCGUGGUAACUGGUGCUGCUGGUGGUAUUGGGCGUGAGGUGUGCCGGGAGUUGACACGCCGGAAGGCGGGAUGCUUGGUGUUGGCGUGCCGUACCACGGAGCAGGGUGACACGUUGCGCGAAUUAUUACGCCGCGAAGGGACAGAAUGUACAGUUGAGGUGCUGGUACUAGAUCUUCGCUCCUUUGAUAGUGUGCGUCGUUUCGUGCGACAGGUCCAGGCAAACCAUCCGACGGUGGAUGCCCUGGUGAACUGUGCCGGUGUUAUCUUCCAACCGGGCGGACGCACGGUGGAUGGGUACGAACAGCAUCUCCAGUGUAACUUUCUGUCCCAUUUUCUGCUGACGCAACUGCUCCUACCACAGCUGGCUCGUUCGCAGCACGGUGGCAGGGUUGUGAACGUGUCCGCCCAUGGAUAUACCGCGGCCAAGAUCGUCGAUCGUGCGGAUCCGCUCAACCUGCGCCAGCUUACCCAAAGUGGACGGGAUGCGUUUGCUCAUUCGAAACUGGCAAUCGUGUUGGCGAGCAAAGUGCUGGCAAGGAAGCUUAAAGCGGACGGUCACCGUACCACCGUCAACUGCUGCUCGCCUGGGUUGGUCCGUGGUACGGGACAUCUGCGUCACUCACCUAUAAUGAAGGCACUGUUUGCGAAGGUACUCACCUUCCCGUGGAUGUGGUUGUUCAUGAAGAGUCCGGCACAGGGAGCGCAUACCAUAAUCCGGCUUGUAACAGACCCGGAGUUGGCCAGCUGCAGUGGAGACUUCUUCAAUGAUUGCGAACGAGUGGAAGUGUCCGAGCUGGCCAAAGAUGACGAACUAGCCGAACGGUUGUAUCGAGCUACCUUUAGUGCGGUUGGUUUGAACGAGAAUCUGGAGAAGGAGCAUACCAAAGGGAAGAAGGAGUAGGGGCUGUUGUUCAAAUCUCACGGAAACCUGUUAAAGUGUGUGGACGUGUUAAGCGAAUCGGUACGACCACUACUACUCGUAGCAAAGUAUGCAAACCGCAUAACACACCAAACCCUUUAACAGCAGCAACACCAUUAAUGAAGGAUGCAAAACUUCAAACCGCCAAUCUGAAGUGGAUUAAAGUCACGCUUUAAACUCUCUUUAAAACCAACACAAAUAAAAGUUGAAGCAGUGUCACUUUUACCUUGCUAAUCCUCACUAAUCAUACGGUUCCAUGUUUACAGGGAUUUCCACCAUGUUUUUGUCCCCGCGCUUCCAAAUCUAUAUUUAAUGCUUGUUUUCUUUCUCUCAAUUUCUGUUGUUUCGCUUUACAUGUUACUUCCGUCGCAAUUUGUCAUUUCUUUCCAUCUUUUCUCGAAAGACAUAUUUUGAACGGGUGCCCAAAAAAAAAAAAAA